CUUUUUCCUUCAUUCAGUAUCACAACUACAUCUACAACUCAUUGCGAUAGAGUAAACUUUAACUUGAAUUUUUAACUAAUUGGAAAUCAAGUUCACAAUAUUAUAUAUUAUUUAUAGUUUCCACGUGAACUGGAGUCGAUCUCAAUCCAAGACAAAUUAACAAAGAGGUCGCAAUUAGCAAAAUGUCUUACAACUUUGAAGAGUUAACUUACAGCGAAGCCAAAGACUUGCUUCGUCAAUGGAGAGAGAACAAUGAGAGAAGGAGUGAAGAUGUGAUGGAGUUAUGGACUACAGUCUUAAGUGAUGACUUGAGCAAACUUGGCAAUGAGAAGCACCUGGUGUUGGAACAAGUUAUAUAUGCUGCCCUGGACUGUCACUCGUAUGGAGUGGCCACCAUGUGCAUCUAUGUACUGUCCAAUGAGUUCCCAGGCAGUAUGCGCGUAAUGAGGCACAAAGCAGCACUGCUGGAGGCUGAAGAAAAAUAUGAUGAAGCUUUGGAAGUGUUGGACAGUAUCAUAAAGGCUGAUGAGACCAACUCGGCGGCCAGAAAGCGGCGCAUUGCCAUACUGAAGGCACAGGGACUCACCUCUGAAGCCAUCAAGGAACUUGUUGACUACCUCAAGAAGUUCAUGUCAGACGUGGAGGCGUGGCAGGAGUUGUGCUCUCUGUACCUGCAGGUGCAGGAGUACUCGCGCGCCGCCUUCUGUGCCGAGGAACUCAUCCUGCACCAGCCACACAACCAUCUCAUGCACCAGCGACUAGCUGACAUCAGGUACACUAUGGGUGGCGUAGAAAAUAUGGAGUUAGCCAAAACUUAUUAUUGCCAGGCUUUGAAGCUCAACCCUGAGAACAUGAGGGCCUUGCUCGGCCUGUUCUUGGUAACAAACAACCUGCUGAACCACUACAAGUCGGCCGGCAACAGUUCCAAGCGCAAGGAGGUUUGGAAGCUGUGUCAGUGGGCGCAGUCGUCGGCCGCGCGGCGCCAGCGAGCGGCGCGCGCCCUGCCGGCCACUCCCGACCUCUCGCAGAUGAUGCUCGCACUCGCCAUCACUGACUAACCACAUUCUAUAGCACUAUUAUAGAUAAUAUAAUUAAUGAUAAUAUUAUAGAGGACCUGACUAUAUGGGGUGUAAACGGAACACCUCCAAAAUAUUUGUUUUUACAAUUUCAAUCGUUUGUUUUCGUUUUAUUCAUGCAACGUCAACGUUGGGCAGUUGAUUACAACUAUUAUUACAUGAAACAAACAUUUAAUUCCUUACCUACUUUUUUUUUUAAAUUAAAAGCGUUUUUUACCAUCACCGGUCUGCGUUUUCGGAAGUGUUCCAUUUACACCCUGUAUUAUUGUCGCUUGUCUAUAGUCAAUGUUUGUUUAUUAUUUUAUACACAUAUUAUAAGAUGCAGUAUCUUGUAAAAAUAAGAAUUGUAUAAUAUUUCAAACAUAUUUUAUAAUAUUUAAAACAAUGAAGUAAAUGGUUCAUCUAAAGUAUCGCUGGAACCCUAAAACCCAAUAAUUUAUAAAAAAUAAAUGUAAUUUAAAAAGCUUCAGGUGAUCCAUCAUCUUGUGUACCCUAUAUCUCAAAAAAGACUUGUAGACUGGUAUACAUUAUUAUGUUUGCAAGAUAAUAUAUUAUCACCUACUGUAAAAUUUGGUGAAUAGAAUUCAAAGAGUGAAUAUACAGGAAUACGAUGAAUAGAUGUCAAAAUAUUUUCCCAACAUUUGUUCAUACCUCUUCUGUAUCUAUUAACCCUUCGAAUUCCGUUUUACGUUAGAAGGGAGUUAGAUAACAAAUGUGUUUGUUUUCGUUAUUAUUUAUUACAUAAAUAUGACUACCAUUUAUGUCUAUUAUGAAGAGAUAUUUUAGUAAAUCAAAUGUUAUAUUAUUAAUAUCGAAAACAUGGUGUAAGUAUGGAAUGUUUUUGGUUGUGUCAAAGUUGGGUAGAAGUAAUUAUUAUUUAAUUUAAAUAAAUAUUAUGUUACCUUCAA